AAAAUCAUAAAUAAUCGUCCCUUCACUUCUAUAAGGUUCUAACUACCAAUUUUGGUAAAUUUCAUGUAAGAUCACAUUUCCCCUAAAUACACCAUGCUCUUUUCAAAAAUGAAGGUUAUAAAGUUGUAUGUCAAAUGUAAAUAGGAGAUUUCAAAUGCAAUAAGGUUCUAUGUCCUUCAUUUGAAAAAGAUAAUUACUGCUAUAUGGUUCUAUCUCUUAGCCAAUCAGAACCAGAGUAUUCAGUCAGGUGACCGUAGCCAUAUUGAUGAUGUAGAAUAUGAUUCUUUGUUAGACAGUUACUUGGCAGCAAUUCAUGCAUGAAAUAUGCAUUCAUUUAAGAAGUUUAGUUUAUAUUAACAUAGUAGGAAGUAUUUCAUGCUGGAGAUAAAACUUCUUUACAUUCAAUGUCAUUUUUCAGAUUGGAGACAGAACUAUUUUACAUUUGCCAUCCAGUACAGGUCCAAUAGCCUUAAGUAUGUCCUGACAUGCAUUACAUAAAUUAUUCUGAUUUGCAUUUCAGGAUGUUGAACGCAUUACCACCAGAAGUGUUGGAUUACAUUUUCCCAAAAAGCUUGAAACCAAAGAUGUUCUAAAUGUAUCCCUCGUCUGUAAAAGAUUUGAAGCCAUUAUUGAUGGAUCCAAUCGACUCUUCAGAUGUGUAUCACUAUGCAAUAGUGAAAUAGGGGAAAAGCAAUUGCUACAGCUAUCAAAACAUUCUGAACAAUUUGAAGAAAUAUAUAUAUGUGGAGCCGUAGAAAUAUGUGUUGACCCCACAGAUUUCGAUUAUCAUCUGAUACAGAGCCUAACAUUUAGCACAAAUCUAUAUUAUCUCAUGCUGGAUACCACAAGUAUUUCUACAUUGACAUUCCUACGAUUUACACCAAAUUUGAAGGUUCUGUCCAUAGAGCACUGCAAUAAUUUGGUUAGUGAUGACAUUGCCUCAUUGAAGUACUGCAAGAAUGUAGAACAGAUCCAUAUGUCCCAUACUGGAAUUACAGCCAGAAGUAUUUUUGAACUGUGUGCUAAAUGCAGAUUUGGUGAACUCAUAGUAUUGGACUGCCAAGGAAUAGAAUUCAUAUUUUCGGAAACUCUAGCAUUGACAACCAUUCAGAAGGACCUUAUAUAUUUUGGACUUUCCCUGUUUCCAACUUUUACCAGGGAAACAUUUGAGGUGUUUUUUAGAAAAAGAUUACCAGACAUUGACUGGCGCCUUUUCUAG